GUGAGACAAUCGCUCUUCUGAGUUUCUGACUGUUUGUUUGCUCGUAGCCCUGGCCAUGGCAAAUUUUCUGAGUGUUGGUACUAAGAUCGUCGCCGUUGGCCGAAAUUAUGUUGCUCACGCCAAGGAACUCGGCAACGCAGUCCCCAAGGAACCAGUACUUUUCUUAAAGCCUACCUCGUCUUAUCUGGCAAACGGGGGAACAAUAGAGAUUCCAUACAAUUUGGAAUCCCUUGAUUAUGAAGCAGAGUUAGCCGUUGUCAUUGGGAAAAAAGCUCGUGAUGUUCCUCAGGCAUCUGCAAUGGAUUAUAUUGGAGGUUAUGCACUUGCCCUGGAUAUGACGUCCAGGGAACUCCAAUCUACUGCAAAGUCUGGAGGUCUUCCAUGGACACUGGCAAAAGCACAGGACACGUUCACUCCUAUAGGUUCAAUGGUGCCCAAGUCAAUGGUGUCAGAUCAUGAUAACUUGGAAUUAUGGUUAAAGGUAGAUGGGGAAAUCAAACAGAAAGGAUCAACCGCGGAUAUGCUGUUUAAAAUCCCAUUUCUGAUUAGCCACAUAAGUUCUAUUAUGACACUUUCAGAAGGAGAUGUCAUACUAACAGGCACCCCAGAAGGUGUUGGUCCAGUGAAAGCAGGGCAGAAGAUAACAGCUGGUAUAACCGGCCUCACCGAAGUGAACUUUGAUGUCCAAAAGCGUCAAAAGCCAGGAAGUCAAUGAGGUGCGUGGUGUUAGUGUCAAUGGCUACUGCAUAACUAUUCACAGGGGGAUGAGAAUAUCUUCUCUCUAUGCCAAGGCAAACAAACAAUGUAGCAGCCCAAACCCUUUCUGUUGAAGGUAAAUAAUGCUAAUAAGAACGCCUCAAAUUGCACUGCCAGUUGAGGUGAAAAGUGGAAUGGAUAGAUCCUUUUGAACUGUUGUUAAGUAUGAAUUUUGACAUUGUAAGUCAUUCAAUCUGUUAAUCUAAAUCAGACUGAAGUGGGAUUUGUGUUCCUUUAAGGACUUAAUAA